CGCAUAAGUGACGGUGCAUCAUAGACAAGUCAGAUAACCACCAAUCAAUCGGUAAUCUGCGAAGUUUUCCGACGCAUUACUGCGAUGCAGCACCGUCUGCGGAGAACGCGGGGCGCGACACCGGCCCGAGAGAUGGACUGGGACCACUUAAAAGAGAGCUGGAGAUACUCACAUGUCUUCAUUUGGAAAAGUACAGUCACUUGCAGUUAAUGUAAGGUGCGAUCUGCUUGAGUUUUCCAUCUACGGUACACAAGUAGUUCCCAACGCGAAGUCAGAUCGAUCCAUUCAGUCCUGUGGUCCAAGGACAGCAUCGACCAAUAACCACUCGGGCGUCUAUAGCGUCUAGUGCGACCUUUCUCAGAGGUUCAUAAGUCCUUGUACAGUCUACGGUUAGAUGCAAUACGGUUCUCUUCUUCAACAUGUCUACUACCACUACCGUCACAGAAGAUCGCAUUGAGCUGACGAGGUUCCCAACGACCUCUCAUCACGCGUCGAACAAGUCGUUGCCUUCCACCCCACGCCCAGCAUCUGUCAGUCACAUUCAAGAUGAAGGGCCGGAUAAUUCAGCCUACUCUGUUACAGCGGUACCGGACGGAGGAUAUGGGUGGAUUGUCGUCGCUGGUGGCUUCACAACGAGCUUUUGCAACAACGCGAUCAUCAAUUGCUGGGGUGUACUGCAGGCCGCCUUACUGAAUUCAACACUGAAGGAUGUUGCACCAGCUACACUUUCUUACGUCGGCUCUCUGGGACUCGCGAGUGGUGCACUAUAUGGACUGGGUGCCGUCAGUCUGAUGAGAUACAUAGGCUGCCGGGCAACAAUUGUACUUGGAAAUUUCCUCAUGGGCCUGAGUCUGAUUGGAGCAAGCUUUUGUACGUCAAACUUGCCGGGUCUUUUUGGCACAUACAGUAUCGUUGGUGGCAUUGGGAUGUCACUGAACUGGACUGUCAACAACACAGUUCCUGUGCAGUAUUUCAGCGCUCGUCUUGGUCUGGCGAAUGGCCUCAUCAAGCUUGGCGGUGGGGUGGGUGGUUGUGUCAUGGCCAUUGCUUUGGAAGCUUUGAAUCGAAGAGUCGGCAUCGAGUGGACCUUCCGGAUCCAGGGACUCCUGACCUGGGCCAUCGGUCUUCCUGCCGCCUGGGUGGUGAAGGACCGUGUUCCGCUUAGGAAGGCACCGUUCGUCGAUCUAUCCAUGUUCAGGUCUGCCACCUUUAUUGCGACUUUUGUUGCAAGCGCGAUUGGUGUCUUCGCACUCUUCGUUCCGCCAUACUAUCUACCGUUGUUUGCACAAUCGAUUGGCCUUAGUCCAAGUACCGGUGCUGGUCUGGUCGCAGCGUUCAAUGCCUGCAAUGCUUUAGGUCGGUUUAUCGCUGGUCCUUUAUGCGACAAAAUCGGUCCACUCAAUAUGUUCGUCAUCGCAAUGGCUCUCAACGCUGCGAGUAUGCUCGCGAUCUGGCCAGUCUCCAGCACGCUGGGCCCGCUAGUACUCUUCGCCAUCAUAAACGGUGUCGCAAAUGGCGCGUACUUCACUACCCAGCCGACUGUAGUCGCUGGUAUAUUCGGUCCUGGACGAGCUGCAGUGGCUAUGAGCAUGUCGGUCACAGGCUGGAGUGUUGGUUAUCUUAUGGGCGCGCCAAUUGCCGGUUACUUACUACAAGCUGCAGGUGGUAAAUGGGGAAGCGGAUCAGGGGUAGGUAUUGACGCUUACCGACCUGCCAUUUUCUACGCUGGUGGAACUGCGACCAUUUCCGCGUUGUGUGUUGUCGUCGCUAGGCUCAUCGUCACUAGGAAACUGCGCAAGAGAGUCUGAAUAGCUUCGAUGCAUACAACGAUGGGUGUAAUCAUGAAGUUGUCAUUAUCACAAGUGCCUAGGGGCACUGGAUUUAUUUAGUCUAUAACCAGUAUGAGUCAAUUCAAUAAUCAUUGCAUCC